UCCUGACACUCCCUUUCCCCCCAACCCAACCUUCCGUGUCUGCAUCAUCUCCUCUGUCUAUAAAAGUCCGGCGAGGCGAGGCGAGGUUGGGAAAAAGGGCGAGGUCGCGUCCCGCUCAUCCACUUGGCUCUGCUCGCAUCUUCCUUGUCGAUUCCAUUUCGGUUCCCCUUGCCUUGCUAAGGGAAGGGAAGGGAAGGGAAGGGAUCCGGACGGCGAUGGGGCAGGACGGGCAGAUCCGCCGCGACAGGGUCAUCAUCGACACGGAUCCCGGCAUCGAUGACAGCAUGACGAUCCUAAUGGCUUUUGGAGAACCAAGUGUGGAGAUCAUUGGGCUGACAACCAUAUUCGGCAAUGUCACUACAGAGUAUGCUACACGCAAUGCGCUCUUGCUGUGUGAGAGAGCAGGGCAUCCUGAGGUUCCAGUAGCAGAGGGCAGCCCUGAGCCUCUUAAGGGAGGAGAGCCACGCGUUGCUGACUUUGUUCAUGGAUCCGAUGGUCUUGGUAAUUUGUCUCUUCCUGCACCUACCAGUAAGAAGGUUGAGGAAAGUGCUGCCGAGUUCAUGGUUAAUAAGGUCUCUCAGUUUCCUGGAGAGAUAUCUGUACUUGCAUUGGGACCCCUGACAAAUGUCGCAUUGGCCAUCAAAAGGGACUCGUCAUUUGCAAGCAAGGUCAAAAAAAUAGUUGUGCUGGGUGGAGCUUUCUUCGCAGCUGGAAAUGUCAACCCUGCUGCUGAAGCAAAUAUCUAUGGAGAUCCGGAUGCAGCGGAUGUAGUUUUUACAUCAGGAGCAGCUAUUGAUGUGGUUGGCAUUAACAUAACAACUCAAUGCUGUUUUACAGACGAGGAUCUCUUGGAACUGAAAAACUCAAAAGGGGUGCACGCACAGUUCUUGUGUGACAUGUGCAAGUUCUACAGAGAUUGGCAUGCGAAGUCUGACAGCUUUCAUGGGAUUUUCCUACAUGAUCCUGUGAGCUUUACAGCCUUAGUUCAUCCCGAGUACUUCACAUUCAAGAAGGGUGUUGUGAGAGUCGAGACCCAGGGCAUUUGCACCGGCCAUACUUUGAUGGAUCAUGGAUUGAAAAAGUGGAAUUCAGAAAAUCCAUGGUCGGGUUAUGCACCAAUUUCAGUUGCAUGGACAGUCAAUGUGCCAAAGGUCCUUGCAUAUGUAAAGAAGCUGCUGAUGGCACCCUGAGAAUAGAACCAGAGGUCUAUUCUGAAUCUUUGAGCCGAAGUGUAAUGGUUCAGGUCAACUCUCAUGGCCAAAGUAUAUUUUUCUGUUUUUAGAAGCAAGCAUAGGAGGAAGGGAAGCUUCCUAGUGCAAAGCAACCAAUGGGGGUAAAUUCUGCACAUGACAGACAGCAUUGUGACAGCAUUGAUUCCAAACAUUUAUAUAUACAACUACAUUUCAAAUUUGGAAAAAACUUCCCCAUACUCUGCGGUCUUGUCUUUGUUUAGCAGGCAUAUCUUCGCACAUGUUUAGACAAAUGAGAAAAGAUCUACUUCUCCUGUUUGGCCAUGUCUAGGGCUAAACCUGAUCUGCCCAUGUGAGGUCGUACUGAACAUGAAUUGGCGCUACUUCCUACUUAUAACUGCCUGCACAUUUUAGGCCCUUUUCUUGGAA